AUGUCAGACCCACAAAUGCAAUUCUCUGAAAGCGAGCAACGUGAGCUUGCUCAAUUCUUGGAGGCUGAGAAUGCAAAGGCCCGUAUUCAACAAACCGUUCAUGCCAUGACCGAUUCGUGCUGGGACAAGUGCAUUUUCAAGAUCAACAACAAGACUGAUCGCAAUGACGAGAGCUGCCUUUCCAACUGUGUCGAGCGUUUCUUGGAUGCCAGCAUGUUUGUUGUCAAGCGUCUUGAGGACCUUAGAAGCUCGGGUGUCUAA